AUGUCCCGCGCGUUCGCGACCUCGCGCGCGACGACGACGUCGAGACGACGUGAGUAUCGAAACAUCCCCCCUCGUUCAUCGCGCGCGAGCGCGUCGAGCGCGCGAGGCGUCGAAUUGGACUCGUUCGAGCACUUUUUGUUGGAUAAGCAGCGAGAGCUCUGCGACGCCCUCGAGCGCGUCGAUGGGUCCGGAGCGCGGUUUUGUGAGGACGCGUGGAGUCGUGGAAACACCUCCGAUGGGUACGGGAUCACGCGCGUCCUCGAGGGUGGAGACGUGUUCGAGAAGGCGGCGGCGAAUGUGAGCGUGAUUCGCGGGACGCUGACGCGGGAGCGCGCGCUUGCGAUGUCGAGUCGAGGACGGGCGGAGAUCGACGCGAACGGUGGACAAUCGUACGAGGCGUGCGCGUUGUCUCUGGUGUUUCAUCCGCGCUCGCCCAUGGUGCCCACAUUUCGAGCGGACGUUCGCAGGUUUCGAGUGGGCGGAAAGGCGUGGUACGGCGGCGGCGCCGACCUGACGCCGUAUUAUCUCUUCGACGACGAUGCGAGGGAGUUUCACGAGAAGUACGAACGCGUGUGCGAUGCGCACGACGGUGGAGCGGCAAAGGGCGGGGUGUACGACGCGUGUAAGGAUUGGUGUGACGAGUACUUUUACAUUCCGGCGAGACGAGAGCAUCGAGGCGUCGGCGGCGUCUUCUUCGACGAUUUGGAGGACGGAUCCGACGGUGCCGCGCGCGUUCGCGGCGUCACCGACGCCGAGGCGUUCACACGUGCGAUCGCGGAUGAGUGGCUGGAGUCGUACCUCCCGAUUGUCGAUAGAAGACGAAACGAACCGUACGGCGCCGCCCAGGAGCGAUGGCACCACCAGCGCCGCGGCCGAUACAUCGAGUUCAACCUCCUGUACGACCGCGGCGUGAGAUUCGGUCUGGACGGAGGGCGCAUCGAAGCCAUCAUGGUGAGCGCGCCUCCUCGCGUUCGAUGGGACUACGACGUGAAGACGGAAGUUGGCACGGAGGAGGCUCGACUCGUCGAGACGCUCCGCGCGCCUCGCGCGUGGACGGCGAGAACGUCCGCCUCCGCGGCCGCCUAG